AAAAAAAGUGAGAAGUAGAAUCAACCGCCGCCGCUCGUCGCAAGUCACCACACACACCCUCGCCGCGCCGCCGCUCAAUUCAGUGAUGCAGGCGGCAGCACCCGCGUGGGCUCCGCCCAUCGUCUCCUCGGCUUCCGCCGUCUUCGCGCGGCCCCGCCGUGGCGCGCGCGCCGGCGCCGGCGCCGUCCGGUGCGAGCUCGCCGCCUCCGCGCCAUCGUCGGCCGCCGGCUCGUUGGCCCCACGCUGGGCCCAGAGGACCGUCGUCAUCCCGCCGCAGCGCCGCGGCUGCCACCUCAUCACCCCCAAGAUUGUGAACGGGAUAAGAGACGACCUCUCCGAGUUCAAGUGCGGCAUGGCACAUCUGUUCUUGCAGCACACCAGUGCUUCGUUGACUAUCAAUGAGAACUAUGACUCCGAUGUCCAGUUUGACACUGAAACAUUUCUUAGUCGCAUUGUCCCAGAGGGUCCAUCUGCUCCAUGGAGGCACACCAUAGAAGGGCCAGACGACAUGCCAGCACAUAUUAAAUCGUCGAUGUUUGGUUGUGCCCUGACGAUUCCUAUCACUGAUGGGCGUCUCAACAUGGGAACUUGGCAGGGUAUAUGGCUCUGUGAACAUCGAGACUACGCUACUCCUCGCCAGAUUGUGAUUACUCUCAAUGGGAUCUAAAAGGUCCAUGACAAUAGAUAUUAAUAGCUGUAAAUGCAAUAUGACCAUCUAGACAUCUAGAUCAUAUGCAUUGAAACUGAAACUGAAACCUUUUCACUCAUUUGUGAUAUGAAUUACAGUGGUGAAUAUAUUUUGCAAUCUUGUAUCUGCGUGUGAACUAGUUUGGAUGAUUGUGUUAUGUAUUUCUGCCUGGAUCAGUGGGUGUAUAUGCAUUUCACUGUUUGAAAAUAAGGCUUCACCUCA